AACUGGUGCUCAGGGAGGUUUCCACAGAGCCGCGAGGAGCCUCAGAACUGCAAGAAAAGGGGAUUGCCAUGGCGAGCACAGUGGCCGACUUGGUGUACUGGCGGGACACCCGCACAUCGGCCUUGGCAUUCACGGCGCUGAUGGUGGCCCUGCUCUGCCUGAUGCACUUCAGCAUCAUCAGCGUGGCCUCCUACCUCUCCCUGGCCGCGCUCGGCAUCACCGUCUCACUCAGAGGAUACAGCAAGGUGCUGCAGCUGGUCCGCCGGGGAGACGGGCACAACCCCUUCCAGGCCCAGCUGGAUGCAGAUUUCGGGCUGUCCAAAGAACAGCUGGAGCGGCUGACCGAGCGGGUGGUGCAUCACGUCACCUGGGGCACAAAGAAUCUGCAGCGCCUUUUCUUGGUGGAUGACAUGGUGGAGUCCCUCAAGUUUGCGUUCUUGUUCUACGUCCUCACCUACGUGGGAGCCGUUUUCAAUGGUCUGACGUUGCUUAUACUGGGUGUGAUAAGUGCAUUUACCUUCCCUCUGCUCUACAGGCAGCAUCAGGCACAGAUCGACCAGUAUGUAGGGCUGGUGAGGAACCAGCUGAGUAGCCUCAGAGCAAAGGUGCUGGCCAAAUUGCCGACAGCGAAAGCGAAGGCAGAAUGAGGGGUCUCGGUGGCGGUUCUCUUCCCUGCGCACACAGAUGCAAAGGACAACGCACACCCUCGCUGCUGCUUCUCCUUCCAUUCCCCGCCCCAGCCAUUGCAGUAGUGACCCUCCCUCUCCCAGCCCCCUUGGCCUGGAGGGGCUGGGCAGUUGCUGGUUUUCCUUCAGCUCCCCCCAGAAA